AUGCCGAAACUUCUCACUUCACUAGCCAUUCUAUACUUACUAGUUUUAGUUAAGAGUCAUGGAAAAACUAAAGUAUUGCGAAAUAACUAUGCCAUAUCGAUACACGACAUGGUUAAACUUAUCGACUACGAGCAUUACCUGCUAGAUAUCCUACAGAACUUUACAAAUGCACUGCAGCAAAGAGUGGAUACAAUAGAAUACUAUUUGUACACGACUGAUUACGAGGCAGAAAAGAAACUUCCCGAUGAUCCCAUUAAGUCUUUUCGGAUCAUUCGUCGCCUGCACUCGGAUUACCUCAACUGGAUGUGGUUCAUGGAGCAGCAGCCGUGGGAGACUCUUGUUAAGCAAAUAAUUGCCAUUGCCCCGCAAAUGCCAACUUUAAAGGACAUUGAGGAGGCCAUCAAUGGAUUCAGACUCAUCCAGUGGACCUACUCGCUUCCAACUGCUCAAAUGGCCGAGGGAGUUCUUCAGAACAUCCAUCACAAUACUUCGCUCGAUGCCAUGCAGUGUCUUACGAUUGCCAGGCACUUGGUCAAACAUAAGGAAUUUAUUCGUGCCAGGGAGUGGUUGAUGGUGGGUUUGCAGAUGCACGAGGCAGAUGAAGACAACGAGGAUUUUUACUCCCAACUCGGAAUGCCCUUGGCCGAUUUCUACGAGCUCUUCGUGGAGAUCCAUGAUGAACUAGGUUCUAGGUAUUUGGCCAUGAGUGAGCUGCGACUGGCUAUAAAGAAAUGGCCGGAAAGGGUCAGUCUGCAAAGAGCCCUCUCUCGGCUAAAGGUGAAUAUUCGCAUAGGAAAGGAGCAAGCGAAAGCGAAGGAGAAGUCUCAAGGUGUCUACAAGAAAUGCUGCAAUACGGAAUGUCGACCUACCGCGAAACUCCAUUGCUUGUACAACACAACAUCCUCGUAUUUCCUUCGACUGGCGCCUCUGAAGAUGGAACUCCUGUCCCUCGAUCCCUACAUGGUGCUCUUUCACGAUGUGGCUUCUGACAAGGACAUCAUCAGCAUUAGGAACCUGGCCAAUGGCGGUUUGGUCCGCGCUGUUACCGUGACCAAGGACGGAAGCUACGAAGAGGACCCCGCUCGCACCACCAAGGGCACGUGGCUAGUGGGCAAUAGCAAGCUGAUCCAGAGAUUGUCCCGACUGACACAGGACAUGACCAACCUGGACAUCCGCGACGCGGACCCCUUUCAGGUUUUGAACUACGGAAUAGGUGGCUACUACGGCACACACUUUGACUUUAUAGCAGAUACAGAAAUGGGCAACUUUUCGAAUCGCAUCGCCACAGCAGUUUUUUAUUUGAGUGACGUGCCCCAAGGUGGAGCCACAAUAUUUCCGAAACUCGGACUCUCGGUAUUUCCCAAGAAGGGCUCUGCACUUCUGUGGUACAAUCUUGAUCACAAGGGUGAUGGCGAUAAUAGGACAGCCCACUCAGCUUGUCCCACCAUAGUGGGUUCUAGAUGGGUCAUGACCAAGUGGAUAAAUGAAAGGGAGCAACUGUUUAGAAGACCAUGUUUGACAACCCUUUAAAAUAAUGAAAAAUAAAAAUAUUUAUAAUUAAGCUUAAA